AUGACCGCAGAGGGAGAGCAGCACCACGUGGGUGGGGACAAAAUGAUGAGGCAUCUUAGGGAGUUAGAAAAGAGCUACCACAUUAUGACGAAGGAGUAUGAGAAUAUAACAAACAUUAAUACAAGGAAUAAUGUAGAAAACAUCAGGAUAAUAAAAAAUUUAUUUAUUUUAAAUACCCUGAUCCAUCAAGUGAAUAAAAAGCAUUUAAUGAAUGCCUUUGAAAAUGUAGAAAAUACAUUAAUAUUUAUUUUAAAAAAAAAUAACACAAAUUUUGUCUUAAAAUUGAUAGCCAUAUUUUAUCUAAAUUUGUGUACCUAUACAAGCUAUAAUGUUAGAGAACUAUAUGGCAGGUUAUUUGAGAUGACCCUGAACAGAUCGUUAGUUAACUCUCCAAGUGAAUUGAAAAAGCUACAUGAGCACUUUUUAAAGAAUACGCUUCUUUUCACCUCCUUAAUUUUGGCACAUGUACAUUCUCAGAUCGGUCCACACAUGACUGCCCUGAUUGAGUACUCAAAAAAAAUAAAAAAAUCCGACAGCAAAGAAUCCAGGUAUUUCUACCUAAAGUGUGUAAACAAAAUAAUAAAAACAGUGCAAAUGACCCCCGCGGAUAGUGAAAAGAUCUACAAAUUUUUGAAAAGACAAUUUAAUGAAAAGGAUGAAUUAAUUAAAUACAGAAUUAUUAAGUGUGUGAUGUCCAUGUUUAUUGUACACCCUGAAUACUCUCUCUUGGACUUUGAUUUUUUUGUAAAUUGUAUCCUUGAUGAUACUUACUUAAGUACAUGUAUCUCCCUGGUGAACCUCAUACACAUCAUCAAGCUUCUCACUGUGAUAUUCUGCAAUUGCACCAAUGUGAGUUAUAAGCGAAGUAUCAACGACCACGGUGCAGGUAGAAGUCGCAUCGGUAAGGCGGAAGAGGAUGCCUUCAUAAGGAAUGGGGCAACAGAUGAAGAUGAUGAGGAGGAAGAGGAAGACGACGUUGAUAUCGAGGAAAGGGAAGAGGGAGAAGAUGAUCAGGACCAUGAAGAAAAAGAAAGUUAUGCACAAGAGAAGGAAAAAAAGAGGAAUAAUAAAGGAAGCAAAACGACAAACGUUGAAGGGAAAAAGAAAAGUUUUUUCUCCGAUUUUUUAAAAAUCGCUACAGACGAAAUAGUGUCAAAAAUUAGCAAUAUAAAGUUAGAAGAAAAAGAGGGAGGAAAAAAUUACAUUAAGCUAGAACAUGUGGAUGGGUUUUUAUUUCUCAGUGAUAACCUCUUUAAUAAAAAAUUUGUGAGAAAUAAAAAGAGCGUAUUAUUUGUUUACGACUUUCCUUCCUUUUUGGUCUUCUUUAAGAAGACCUUGUUGAAUAUGUUCAGCGAUUAUCAUCACGAUUACACGGAAUUGAAGAAACUCCACUUUUUGAGGAAGUUGGAAAAGUACACAUACUACGCAGAUGUGCUAAACCACUUUGGAACGAAUGUGUACACCCCUGGGAAAGGUGGAGAUGCAAUUGCCGUUGCGGGGAAGGUGUACGAAUUUUUUAGAAAGCAGAAGAAGGGAUCCAGAAUGAGAGGGGCUUCAUCCGUAUCUGUUGGAGAGGAAGCAAGCGACAGUGAUACAUUUAUCAACUACCUCCUAGAGAAAGACUACAAAUUAAUGAAAGAAAAGGAACAACUGCGUUAUGAUGAUUUACAAGCAUCAAUUGAGGAGAAAAAAAUCCUCAAAACGUAUUACUCCUUGAUACGUAAUACCCUGUUAAGAAGCAUUUUCUUCCAGUCUUUUAAAAAUUUACUCUCUUUUUCGAAGAAAUUUUCUGGAAAGUCAAUCAUAAAAAUUAUCAAGCUAUUUCUACACCUGUUGGAUGUGGCGUGCACAAAUUGCGCUAAAAAGAAAAACUUAAAGAAUCGACUGCACACGAACAAUAUAACAAAUAGCUUUGAAAUCAAUUUUCUCCUCUUCUACUUCACAGACAUUGUACAACAGUUGGUGAGGGAGAAAAAAAGAGACACCUACACGAUUGUUAAGGAGAAGGAGUACAAAGCAAAGGAGAGGGAAAAGUGGAAAAUGGACGACACGAACGAAUACGAUGACCGCGCAGAGAGAACAAGGAUUGCACAUGAGGAGGAAAAUGAGAAAAGACAGAACAGCUCGUUAUUUUGUGAACAAAUAGACCAGAAAGGUAGGACAAUUGUGCAGAGUAAUACGACCCAGUGUGGUGAAAAGGGCACAAAAAACUUCGAACAGAUUGGCACUACAAAAUCGAGUGACACACACCCAGGCGAUUCCACGCACGGAGGAGAGAAUGAUUCAAAUUGGUACAAUCGAAAGAGUAGUACUUCCAGUCAAAACGGGAUGGACUCAUCAAAUAGCAACAAAAGGUAUAACGAGUUCAGAGCCAUCAAGGGAAAAAAUAGAACAAAGGAAGAAGAAAAGAAAAUCGAAGAAGAUAACAAAGUAAGGGUCUACAUACAAAAUCAAGUAAAGAAUUAUUUAAUACGAAACAAUGAUACAAAUAUGGAUGUGAAUGAAAAAAAAAAAUAUAACAUUCUCCUUAAAGGGCUGAUCAUUUUAUACAAUAAAAUCAUAGUAAACAAUAGUAGCAUAAAAAAAGACAAGUAUAAUAAGUAUGAGAGCUUUUUGAAAAUUAUCCUGAACAAUAUGAACGGAGUUCACAUUGAUAUAGAUUUAGUUAGACACAUCAUACAUUUAUUUGUUAAGGUAUUUUUAAAGUUUCCUCAGUACACAUAUAAUUUAAUAACCCUUCUGGUAAAUUACAUUACGAUAAUUAACGCCAAUUUCAUGACCUCCUUAACUCUGAACACAUUUGAUGAUAUAGAAAAACAAGUAAGCAUAUUAAUUAUCAGCUCUGUUUCUUUAGAGAAGAUUCUGUACUCCUCCUGCAGGUUUUAUAGGUUGUACCAUUUGAAUAAUUUAAUUCUAUGCGUUUUUGAUAUUUGCAAGUUAUUUUUGUCCAAGGUGCAGACACACCCUUUGAAGACCAUCAACGAGAUGAGGAGAAUUAUUUCCUUUUCGCUUAUUCAUGCCAUCUCAUCGGUGGUUGUGUACGAGGAGGUGCGGAACAGACGAACCGUUCAGAACUGUGGGCAGAUCGAUGCUGGUGAACGAAUCUCCGAAAUGGAACCGUGUGUAGCCACAACCCAAGAAAAGAUGCAGGAAAUUUUCGAUAAACAUGAGCAGCUCUAUGACAAUAUCCUAUUUAAACUGCUGACGGACAUUCUGCGCGAAAUGCUGAACGAAAUUGAGAAGGAAAAAAUGCAAUGCUUUAUCAGUUCCUAUGAAGAACAAAUUAAAAAAAAAAAAAUGAAUUCAUCGAAUUUCUUUAUCGUGGAUAAUUUAUUCAUCCUAGUGUAUAUCUUAAAAACUGUGCAUACUAUUCUAGCAUCAGAUAUUCUGACCUUUCUCUUUUUCGAUCAUAUUUACAAAAUUGUGCAGACCCUGUUCGAUUUCUUGCGCCAAGUGUAUCAGGUGAAAAAAGACCAUUAUGACAAGGGUUCUGAAAAUUACGAAGUUCAGGUCCCCACGAUAACCUCCUCAAAAAAGAGAAAAGAGAAAAGCGCCACCACUGGAAGUUACUCUAAAAAGGAGGGAACAAAUUCCUUCCACUUUUUUGAGUACGGAUUUACACAAAUGUGCAGACUGAUAAACAUUGAAAAUGUUUUUUUGAUUUUCCUGAUUUACAUGCUGAAGAUUUUUUGCCGCGUAUUCAAAUUUGUGAAGCAUAAAUUCGGGAAGGGAGCAAAAACUGCAGGAUCCUCAGAGUAUGUCGCGCUUGGAAGGAACGGAACCAAUAUAGGUAUCAAAUCUGUCGAGGAGAGAUCCCCUUGUGAAGGAAACUACCGCGAGAAAAAUUACAAACAGGAUAGCAGUAGCAGUGGCACUACUAUAGUUGCGAUGGAGGAAGUUACUAAUACUACUGUUAAUGCGGCAACUGUGACUGUCCCAAUGAAGAAACCAUUUACCCCCAUAUGGGAGGCGCUGAUCGAGGCCAAAUCCUUCGAAGGAACGCCCUUUAACGUCUUCCUGGAUUUGCUAAUAUAUUUGGUAAAAAAUAAGGACAAGGACAAUUUCAACAACGCAGUUAUUAACAUCCUGCAGAGAGGAGAAGAAAACCACAGGGCAAAGAAAAAAAGGAAGGAAGGUAUUAAAGAUAUUGGAAAAAGGAAGAGACAACUGUAUGGAGAAGAGCCAGAAUUGGACGUCCUAUAUAUGCUGACAAAUCACUACGAAGUCUAUUACGAAUUGGUGCUAAUCCAUUUCGUACAACUUUUCCAACUGUGUGUAGAAAAAAAAAAAUAUUUCAACGUGAUUAUAAAAAAUAUUUAUCGGUGUAUUUUAAAUGUGGAGUUAAAUAAAAACGAGUUAAUAAUUUAUUUGCUAAUUUUGGAUAAGUUUUUAAAAACUAAAUUUUUUAACAAAAAAAAAGGGAAAAUAUUCAAAUGUAUGUUACCCAUAUUUAAUGUACUAAAUAGCCAUUUUGUUAAUAAAAAUAGUGGACUUUUAAAUGCUCUUUUGAUAAAAAAUUUGACUCAUUUUAUUUGUCAAGAUGAUAAUAUAGACUCCUACAUCUUCAGUUAUGUUACGAAAUUUUAUCAGGCAUACUCCAGACAAAUUCUGCAGGAAAAAUAUUUGUGUGUCAUUUUUUCCAUUUUUUUAAAAAGUGUCAUUUUGUCUUAUAUCAAGAUUGAAGAUAAUAAUUCAUAUGUCGUGAAGAAUGUGACUUCUGUGAAGAAAGAAAAUAGUAUGUCUAACCUGGAGGGGGCAUUCCCCUCUAGUAAUUUAAGUGUCGGCUCCUUCUGUAGCAGUACCUUUUUGGAUACUCCAAGUAGCACACCUAGUCGGAAGGUUUUAGUAGAUAAGGGGAGAGCUACAAAAAAAAUUAAACCAAAGAAAGCCACAUUCACGCUAGCAAACUUCCGAACUUUGGAUUUGUGUCAACCGCUUAGCUUUUCAGGACGACGAAUGAGGAGAAGUACGAGCAGAAGAAUCAAUCAUAGUAAAUUUUAUAACCGCUCGGAGAAGGGUAAAUUGACAAAAUAUUCCAACAGUGGCUUAUCAAGGUGCACACAGGGGAAAAUAAGUCAUGUGGACAAACUAGCGAAUGAUAACCUGUUUAAUGAAAAAAAGGGGAAGAUCCUAGAAUUCUUCGAUACCUACCUUAACAUGCUGAAGGUUAUUGCACACGAUAACAAAGUAUUUUCAGUGGUUUUGAGAAACUUCAAUGUGGUAAUACGAAGAAUGCACACACGAGUCAACCUGUGCAGGAUUAAGGACUGCCUGUAUGUCGUGCUUGCUUAUAUACUCAAGGCGGAAAACACCAACACGUACCGAUUCGAAGUUAACCGUGGGGGAUGUGUCAUAGAGCUGUUUAACAACCUGUUGAGGAUUCUGCGAAAGGGGGGCAUGCGAAUCGGCAGAAAAGGGGACACAAAGUUGGGGGUCAAAAAGGGCCAUAAAUUACCCACUCGUAAGAAAGGUUCCACGGAGAUGAAGCUUUCCACCUCCCAGAGACAAAUGUACUCGGAAGUUGAGAGCCAUGUGGUGAACAUAUUCGAACUCUUCCUAACCUGUUAUGAAAAGAAAACGGACCGCCGAUUGUUCACCACGAUUAACAUCAUGUUCCGUUUGGUGAAGAAAAAAAAGUUGGAAAAAUUUAUGAACAAAAUAUCUAUACUGAUACAGAGGAACAUAUUUUUGCAAAGCGAUAAGAAUAAAAUUCAAGUCGCAAUAAAGUGUCUGUGUAAAUUGUCGAAGAGAAAGAUCCAAAUUCCAUUAAGCGACAAUUUUGAUUAUCAUCUGUUGGUCAUUUACAACCAUCACAGUGGAGACAUGUUGAAUAAAUGUUUUACAGAAUUUCUGAAAAUGAGAAUACAGACGUACGGUUUUUAUAAUGUUAGCCAAUGGAUAAAAUUGUUUGACAGAAUUUUAAAUUCUAAAAAUAUGUUUCUGUAUGACCUUAUAAAGUAUCGAUCCAAAGGAAGAUACGCUAAGUAUGAAAGGAGUGAUUGUAAUAAAAAUUUGUCUGAACACGAUGCCACGAAGGAAAAUAAUUUACUAACCAAUGAGAAACAGCCAAGUGAGGAACUGAAGGACUCCGUCACUUUCCACACUUCAUUGUUUAGCAAGCAUUUUUCCCAGAAUAGGCACAUAAAUUUACAAGAAGAAAAUGAGGAAAAGGGGGGAGACAGGGUCAUGUACUUUUUUAACGUUUUCAAAUUAAGGCAAAGUGAUUUCACCUUUUCCUUUGACACGAAAUAUUUAGUAAUGAAAUUGUUGUUAUUUUUUUUAAAAACGGUUAGUCUUUCCCCCCUUGUGUGUGUGCACAACGACGCUUACUAUGUGAGUUAUGUAAAGAGGCGUCUGAAGAAGGGGAUACUGAACGUGGGGGGUCCAGCCAAUGGUCAGGAAAAACAUAUGGGCGGUAGGAUUCGUGAUGCUAGAAGCUUGAAUGGAGCCGCGAGAAAAGGAUACAGAAAGGAAGGGUCUCCAAGGAGCAACGGGAAAGAUAGCGGCACGUGCACGCGAAGAAGCCACGACAGUGAUAGUAGUUGUAAUGACCUCGUCUCAGCGCAACAAUCUAGCACAUGGAAUAAAAUGAACAAACCGGAACAUAUCCCUCCAGGUGAUAACUUCCUCCUAAGGGAAGGAAAACACAUGAUGAAGGAUAAAAUCAGUUACAUCGAAGAUGUGCUCAUACGUAAGAAGUGUUCCAAAGAAGAAAUUAAAUUUAACAACGUCGACAUAGAAAGUGUCGUGGAAAACUUUUCCCUGUAUGAUAAUAUUGAACAGAUGUUAAACAUCAUAUUGCACAAUAUAAAUUAUGGAAUCAGAUUUGAGAAGUUGUCUAGACUAGCCAUAAAAGCUUUGAUUCUAUUUUUAAAAAUUUUUAAGAGUUCCAAAAUAAUUUUGGAUGAAUUUUCUACUAACCAUGAAAUUAUUCUGCUGGCAAAUUACGAAAUUAAUAUUUUCACGUCCUUGAAGAUGUACUAUGAGUCUUUUCAUUUUUUGUAUUUUAGCUACCUAGAGGGCGAUCCCCCUCGUGGAGGGAAUAAUUCAGACUUGGUGGGAGAUAAACCCAAUGAAUAUCUUCAAUUUUCGCACUUUUUUCUGAAGCCACUGAUGAGGGUGUACAACUUAUUUCUAUUGCUAAACGAAAUUGGGUUGUGCAACUCGCACUCAAAAUUUGUGGAAUACUUUUUUUAUUUUGCUGUCAAAGGAAGUCAUGCUGUUAGAGAAGAACUGGCCGAUAGUACAGUAUAUGUACGCGAAAAGUCCGACAUGAUCAACGGGAAUAUUUCCAUGGAUGGACAUGACGCUUCUAAUGGGGAUGCUCUUGCACACGUGAGUGGAAGGAAGAAAAUCCCUACAAUAAAUUCAUCACUCUUCUUCUCAGAAUUCGAUUCCUCCGUUUAUUACCUCUUUUCAUACAAAGCAUUCUGCCUAUAUAUAAUAAAUAGCGAGAAGGCCCAAAGGAACCUUGGAAAUUUUAACAUAAAAACAGUGGUAAAAAAUAUUAGCUACAUUUUGUAUGACACCAUUGUUAUGUAUUUUUGGUCUUUUGGGCAUAACAGAGAAGGAGGGGAAAAGGAUUUUCAGGAUCAAGUGGUUCACAGAUUUUUUACCUGCAUGAACGAUAAGGCAAGAAGCUUAUCCAUUUUUUAUUUUAGCGCAUUUGUAAUAUUUUUGCAAUUUUUAAAUGUCAUAAGGAGGAGCAACGAGCUUAUCAUAAGUGCGAAGAAUUGUACGCUCUACAAAACGUUAAUAUAUUUUUUGUGUUACCAUUUGAAGGAGCACAAAGACAAAUUAAAGGAGGAAACGAAGGAGAUAUACUUUUCGUUCAUUUUUGGGUACUUAAGUUUAACUGGAUUUGUUUCAGAUUUGUCCCAUGACGCUAUCAACUCCAUUUCUGAUCAGGGGGAUAUCAUACCGAAUGAGACGCAGUUGUCCAGUUCAGUAGCGGCUGAAAAUAGGGAAAAAAAAUCUGAUAGGAUUGAAAAUUCAAGCAAAAGUAACGGAGGUGGAGAUAUGUCUAAACCUUCCUCUGUACCCAGUGAAAUUGUGCAGGAUUCUUAUAAUGCAUCAAGGAUAUCUUUUUUAAAAACUAUUUUGGAUUACGUUCUGAAGCAUUUGGUAAUGCUGGUGAACGAAAAGGUUUUACCAAGCGUGCUCGAAUUUGUCUCUGUCGCGCAUGAGCAUUUCGCAAAUGUGUACGUUGAAGGGGGGAUCCACAACGGUGUUAUUGGAAAGGUCUUCACACUGCAUUUAUUCGUAUUGGGUAUGUUUUUGAAAAAGCGGCGUUAUGGAGAUAAACGCGGCGGUGGUGAAUUCAGAAGUGUGCACGAUGGGGAUAUGCUGACCCUGCUGUGGAACUCCGUGCUCAGCUGCUACGCCCUCCUGGAGAGGUUAGAAGGGGCGCAGUUGGAAGAAGGGAAGGCGGAGGAGGGAAAAGCGGAAGAUGGGAAGGCGGAGGAGGGAAAAGUGGAAGAUGGGAAGUCAGCAGAUGCUGAAGUUAUGGAUGCAGAAGCAACAGGUGCAAAAAAGACGGAAGACAAAAUGGCGCAGAAAAUAAGAGGGUUGCUGCAGGCGCUCUUUCUGGAAAAGAUGAAACUCCUGAAGGAGGAAAAGUUGAGCACCAGACUUCUGAAAUUGUUUUUUCAAAAGUGCAGAGAAAGUGAUCUGCAAAAUUACCUAAUCCAUAUGAAAAGUUACAAAGGGGAAAUUGCCAAAAUUGUAAAGGAACAGGAUUUGCCACGCUUAAAACUAUUUUACAUAAAGGUUAUCAUUUUUAUACAUUUUAUCAACACAACAGAUAUGAUGAAUAGAAACAGCAAGGUACAUUACACGGAGGAAAUAUUGAACGUGUUUAUCACAGCCUCACGUAGGAUGAAAAUGACAUACCACAAUAUUGGCAUAGAAAUGAGGCGAAGAAAUAUAAGCUCCAAAAAGAGAGAAGAAGGAAAUGGACACACAAAGAAUCAAAUUAUACACUCCUUUUUAAAUGCCAUAAAGAAUAUAUUUACCCUUUUACUUAAAAGGGAAGAUUCAAUCGUUUCUUAUUUUACACACAAUUUGAUAAAGAACGACAUGCUCCCCAUUCUCAUGGUUAACCAUUGCACGGAUAAUUUGCAAUACGAAGAAUUGGUAGCAGCUAAUUCUUGGGAGGAAGAUAUUAUUACCUAUCCGGUGAAAAUUUUAAAUUCAUUUUUUGACACCUUCAUCAGUAGAGAAGCACUCUUGAGGAAGAUUAUCAUUCCGUACAUUACCUUUGUUCACCAAGUUUGUCGUUUAUGUGAUGCCAAGAGGGUUGAUAUUACAAAGUCUUUCUUUACCAUCCAGGCGGAUGGAGACGAAAUGACUAAUCCGUUAAGUGUGGAUGAAGGAAGUUCGUGUCCACAGAAGUGUUUUUCCCACGCAAAAGUGAUAAGAACGGAAAGUGGCACCACGACUGUAUAUUUCAAAGAAGUAACAAAUCUUUUUAGAAAUAUCGCCUUUAAGAAUGCCUCUUUUUUUAAGAACAUCCUGACGGACAUUAGUGCGGAGGAGAAAGUUAUGGUGUAUAACCUCAUCAAGGAGGCAAUUGCCGCGGAGAAGCACACGGAGCAGCGGAGUAAGCAGGAGAAGGAAAAGCUGGAUUUCAGUUUUGUGAAUUAG